AUGACGUCUGACGCAUGAAUGUGCGUCAUUAUGCUCACUGCAGUUUUCCCUCUUCGGUGUCGUCGAUCUGAAGCUGGAGAAAGAAAAAAAAACUUUUAAAGCUGACCACUUUGAAGUCGGUCCAGAGCAGAAGUUGAUUAACGACAAAGUUCUGUAUUGAGCGGACUUAUGCAGUCCUCCUAACGGGUCAACAUGUUCAACAAGUCGUUUGGCACACCCUUUGGAGGAGGCACUGGAGGGUUUGGAACAUCGUCCACUUUUGGACAACAAAACACUGGCUUUGGAACAACAGGGGGAUUUGGGACCUCGGCAUUUGGCACGACCACCACCACUGGAGGCCUCUUUGGUUCCACUCAGAAUAAACCUGGGGGACUGUUUGGAUCGCCUGCCACGUCCUCCACCAGCACUGGGUUUGGGUUCGGUGCCACCAGCGGCACUUCGACCAGCUUGUUUGGUGGCACGUCUACAGGAACCAGCGGCGGUCUGUUCUCCCAGCCCAACAAUGCUUUCAGCACCAACAAACCCACCACAUUUGGCAGCUUUGGAACGAGCACCAGCGGCGGGGGAUUGUUUGGGACGGCCAACACUGCCUCCAAUCCAUUCGGGGGGGCUUCAAACUCCCUGUUUGGGGGUUCUGGGUUCUCCACUGCUCAGCAGCCAGGAACAACAAUCAAAUUCAAUCCGCCAUCAGGAACUGACACGAUGGUGAAAGGAGGCUCCACCACGAGCAUCAACACCAAGCAUCAGUGCAUCACAGCCAUGAAGGAGUACGAGAACAAAUCUCUGGAGGAGCUGAGGCUGGAAGAUUACCAGGCAGGACGGAAAGGCCCGUCCAACCUCAUGGCUGCUGGGACCGGCGGUCUGUUUGGUUCUACGGCCGCCACGUCCAGCGCAACCACCGGACUGUUUGGCUCAUCGGCCGCAAAUACCAGCUUCUCCUUCGGCCAGAAUAAGAAUACCUUCGGAGCAAGUACCGGUGGCUUUGGUGUAGCCACCAGCAGCCUGUUUGGGCAGCAGAACCAGCAGCAGACGAGCAGCCUCUUCAAGCCUUUUGGACAGACCACCACCACGCAGAGCACCGGGUUCUCCUUCGGUGGCACCAAUACCAUGGGUCAGGCCAACAGCAGCAGCAUGGGCUUGUUUGGAAACACGGCGCCGACACACACUGGCAGCCUGUUCGGCACAGCGCAGACCAACACAGCCCCGGCGUUCGGAACGGGCACCGGGCUCUUCGGACAGACAAACACUGCAUUUGGAAACGUCGGCACUCAGCAGAGUUUAUUUGGUAAUAAGACAACUGGUUUUGGCACGACGACCACCAGUGCCCCUUCAUUUGGCACUGGCACGGGAAUCUUUGGCAACAAGCCCACACUCACUCUGGGAGCAGGAACCAACCCGUCCACCUUUGGUUUUGGUACAAAUCCUGCUGCCGGGAGUCUGUUUGGGAACAAACCUGCCACUGGAGGACUAGGAACUGGACUGGGAACUAGCUUUGGAACAGUGGGCACCGGGCAGACGUCUCUGUUUGGAAACAACCAGAACAAACUUGGAACCACUCUGGGAACCAUGGGUGGAUUCGGGACCACUGCAUUCAACAGUGGAACCAACAACCUGGUUUUCGGGGCAGCGCAGCAGCCUGUUGCGCUCACGGACCCAAAUGCUGCAGCCGCUCAACAGGCCAUGCUUCAGCAGCAGCUCAACAUCUUGGCUUACUCGCCAUACGGAGAAUCGUCGCUCUUUCGAAACCCUCUCUCUGACCCCAAGAAGAAAGAGGAGCGUCUGCAACCAACCAAUCCCACCGCCCAGAAGGCUCUGACCACGCCCACCCACUACAAGCUGACUCCCAGACCCGCCACCCGUGUCCGCCCAAAGGCUUUGACAUCAUCGGGAGGCGCCAAGUCCCAGCUUUUUGACAGCCUGGACGAUGAUGAACCCUCGCUCACCAACGGAGCCUUCAUACCCAGGAAGAACAUCAAGAAGUUGGUGCUACGGAACCUGAACAGCAGCCAGCUCAGCAGUCAAGGUGGCAAAGAGACGGACGACUUGUCCUCACCAUCAGAGUACCCUCAGAAUGGCCACAGCCAGCUGUUGGUGGAGGAGGGUGGAGAGAUGCAGGGCUCUAGCAGGAAUGUGGACGACAACCCCGAGGUCACACACUUCUAUGUCAACCCCAUCAGCAAACCGAUCCCACAGGGCCGGCCUCAGACCAACCUGCAGGACACCAUCGUGGAGCUAAACAUGCACAAACCGUCCAGAAACGUACUGGAGCUGAGCAGCGAGGAGGCGUCGACGUCUCUGUGCGAGGAGUCGCUGCAGGAGGACAAAGAGAACGAGCAGCAGAUGUCUCAGCACUCGCCGCACCCAGCAGGAUUGGUUCUCACUCGUUUGGGUUAUUACACAAUUCCCUCCAUGGCUGAGUUGGCGAAGGCGGUGGAUGAGGAUGGACGGUGUGUGGUGGAGAACUUCACCGUUGGCAGGAAAGGCUACGGUUCAGUGUUUUUCCCCGGUGAGUUGAACGUCACCGGACUGAACCUGGACGACAUCGUCCACUUCAGACGAAAGGAGGUCGUCAUCUACCCUGACGACAAGCAGAAGCCGCAGCAGGGGGAGGGGCUUAACAGGCAGGCCGAGGUGACCCUGGAUGGAGUUUGGCCGACCGAUAAGACGACCUGCACUCAGAUCCGGAGUCCCGAGCGGCUGGCAGAGAUAAACUACGAGGGUCGCCUUGAGAAGGCGUCGCGGAAACAAGGAGCACGUUUCCUGGAGUACCGGCCUGAGACCGGGUCCUGGGUCUUCGAAGUAUCUCAUUUCUCCAAGUACGGCCUCCAAGACUCAGAUGAGGAGGAGGAGGACACACCGCCUGAAGCUGGCUCCAAGAAGCAGAAGACCGUGAUGCCGCUUCCUCCUGGGCUGCAGUUAACCCGAUCGCAGCAGGUGGCGCCACAGGCUCAGCCCACUGUGGGAGGUGAGGUUCCGGUCACGGGGUCAGAGGUGGACAGUGACAUGGCAGACAUCACGCAGAGCUUCCCGACAGAGAGCAUGCUGGGAGCAGGAGAGGACGGAGAGCUUGGCGGAGAGAUGGACGCAGCCAGCUUCAAGCUCAGAGGUUCCAUCCACACGGAACCCGAGUCUUUCUCAGCGUCCAGCCAGAUGGUGUCCUCGAUGGGGAUCAACGCACACACGCUUCAGAUCAUGAAGGCGUCUCUGUUGGCUGUGGAUGAAGAUGAGGUCGACCUGUUCCAGGAUCAGGGAGCAACUUGGGUUUCAGCUGGUCUGGCCUCGCCUCAUCCGGUCGCCCCCGGAGCUCAGAGCCGAGUGUCCAGCGGGGGUCUCCUUCAGGCUCGUUUUACCUCCAGCCUCCUCCCUCAGCUUCCAGACUCUCCCAAAGCUCCGCCCCCUCCUCCUUUAUCCUGGGCGUCUCCAUCUGCGGCCGAUACCUCCUGCCUGACAAACUGGAUGGGGACGGCACCGUCCAACUUCCUGCAGCCUCCCCGAGAUCCUGAGCCGAGCAUCCGGACGGUGGGCAUCUGUCGUCUGGGUGGCCUCGUGUCUCAGGAAGACUCGGUCACUCAAGGAAAGGGACGUCUGUUGAUGGAUGCUGGGUUGUUUGCAGGCCGUUCGUUUCGGGUCGGCUGGGGUCCAGGCUGGACGCUGGCACACUGCGGCCGCCAGCUGAGCGCGCCGCCGUCCAAACUGCUCGACCAAGAAGAUCGGUCAGCCGGCACGGACUUCAGCUUCCUGCCGAAACCUGCCAGGAGGAAAACACUGACCGAAACCCCCUUUAAGGUGUUUGUGGAGCAGCUGGUGGGUCUGCAUCCUCCAGGAUGGAAGUGCAGCAUUGAGGAGGAUGUAGAUGAUCACCAGGAAGUGCUGCAGCGCCCUCUGGAGAUCUGCCUGAAGCACAGCACCGUCAGCAUCUCGCCAGCUUCUGCCUGCCCCGUCAUCCGACCGCAGGCCGGUGUGGCGGCACUGCACGAGUACGCUGAGUGGGUCACCGAGCUGUGCACCAAGCAGGAUGGUGCAGACCCUGUGGUCAGUUACUGGGCCGAGGUCUGGACCCUGUGCGAGGCCCUGUGGGGGCGUUUGAGCCCCGUGGACCAGGAACUCCACCCCGAAUCGUCAAGCGACUAUCAGCAGCAGCUGGAGAGACGGCGGGCUUUCUCUGCCUGGCUGUCCCGCGGCGCCACCUGUAAAGUGGACGAGGAAGUGACCAUGGCGCGAAAGGGUCGCCACGUGGAGGCCAUAUUCAGCUACCUGACUGGCAACCGGAUCAGUGAGGCGUGCCGCCUGGCCCAGAAAGAAGGAGACCACUGUCUGUCCCUGUUGCUGUCCCAGGCCAUCGGCUCACAAUUCUGCCGGGACCUGCUGGACCUUCAACUGGCCGACUGGAACCGAAUGCAGACCGACUGCUACGUGACGGAGGAGCGACUCCGGAUCUUCAGCCUGCUCGCUGGCAAACCGGUUUGGCAGUCGUCUCAGUUGGUGGUGAACGUUUGUUCUGAGUUGGACUGGAAACGCUGCCUCGCUGUCCACCUUUGGUUCGUGCUGCCGCCGACGGCCUCAGUGGCCGACGCCCUCGCCAACUACGAAGCUGCCUUCCAGGGUUUGAGUGACGGGGGAAAGUACGCGUGCGCUCCGCUGCCUCCGUACCUGGAGGCGGAGCCUCUGGACAUGGAGAGUGAUGGGGAGGCGGAGUCUAAGCAUCCGCUGUAUGACAUGUGCUUCCACCUGCUCAAACUCUACAGUGACAGACACUACAGCCUCCAGCAGCUGUUGGACCCUCUGACGGUCACCUGGCAGCGUCUGGACUACAGGCUGAGCUGGCACCUGUGGGGGGCGCUGCAGGCGCUGCACUACAGUCACCUGAGUGUCUCACGGCAAGGCCUCCUCCACACCGGCUACGCAGCCCAGCUGGAGAGCGCCGGCCUGUGGCACUUAGCCAUCUUCAUCCUGCUGCAUAUCCCGGAUCACAUACAGCGGGAGCGAGCAGUCAGAGAGAUGUUGACCCUCUACUGCCCCCUGCUGGAAACUGAUGAGUCUGUCCAGAGGGAGCGUUUCCUGACAGAAAAGCUGCUCAUCCCGGAGCAGUGGAUCCACCAGGCCAAAGCCACACGAGCUCGCCGUGACGCUGACAGACACCAGGAGGCGCUGCACCUGUUCCGGGCCGGAUACUGGAACCAGUGUCACCGGCUGUUGAUCCGACAGCUGGCCUCAGAUUGCAUCAUUAACGACAACCACGACUACCUGCUGGAGUUCCUGGAGGGACUCGCGCUUCCUGAACACUGUGCCAGCAUCCAGGACUGGGACUGUGCGGGUCGGGUUUUUCUAGACUACAUCAGGGUCAUCAAGAGUCUUCAGAACAUCCAGCAGACUGAGAACGCCGAUACGAACUGGGAGCAGCUUUACACUGAGGUCACAUCUCUGUGCAGCAGAAUCGACCUGCUGCCGUGCGCUUUUGCCAGAGACCGGCUCGCCCAAUCAGAGAUGGCAAAGCGUGUGGCGAACAUCCUGCGCGUGGUGCUCAGCCUGCAGCAUGGCGAGGCGGCGGCGGACUCGUUCAGCAUCCCGCUGGCUCAGCUGGCGCCGCACGUCACCCGCCUGCCGAUGCCGGAGGACUACAUGCUGGAGAGCUCCGCGGCCUGACCCAGUCCCUACCUGCAUCAGCUGAUCAUCAGCCAAUGAGAGCGCAGAACAGCGGCAGGGAAAUCUGCUCAGGAAUCUGACCCUGCCCACCACAGGAAAAUGUGUAUCCGUAGGGCUUCUGGGCGAGUCGUGUUCGGCGCUGACCUGAACGUUUUGGUUUUGAGCGAUAUUAUUACACGCUCGCCACAAAUCAAGAGUUUGGCCUCUGACCCUAUGAACACAUUCAUGAACGAUUUAUCUUUAUAUUAAAGAAGAGCGCCACCUGAUGGGGGAGGGGAUAAAAACACAAAACUCAUAAAAUGGAUCUUGUUCUAUUCUUUAAAAGCUUUUUUUGUUUUGUUUUUUAAUGUUUGUGUGUAACAAGUGUUUUUUACAGCACUUUGUUUUUUUUGUUUUUUUUUUUUUGUUGUUUUUUUUUGUUUUGUUUUUUUGUCUAAUUAAAGUCUGGUGUUUGGAUUUCAGAAGCACAACAUGCACAAUGUGCACGUUAAAAAUUAUUUUUGUAAAGUCAAAUGAAAUGUAUUUUUAAUCAUCUGUCAGCAGACACAAACUGAUCUUGGAUCAGACAUCGUGUGAUUGGCUCGUCUAAUUAACAGCUCAGGUUUUUGUUUUUUUCCUCUCAGCUUGUUGAAGGUCUUUGUGUCGGACUCGACGCGCGUGUGCAUGUUUGAUUUGUCAGAUUUUGAAAUAAAGUUUACAGUA